AUGGCGCCUUGGAUAACACCCGUCUCCAGCGCCCUGUUUUGGUGCCUGUCUGCAGCACUCCUACUUUUGCUCGCGUACGCUGGCAGCAUCAUCUAUGAACUUUACUUGUCUCCGCUCAGUCGCUUUCCCGGUCGAAAGCUAUGGGCCAUCUCACGUAUCCCCGGACAGUUGUCUGUCUUGAGAGGCCGGAACCACUUGGAUGUCUUGGCUUUGCAUGAACAAUAUGGCCCUGUUGUCCGAAUCAGCCCUAACGAACUUGCCUUUAACACCCCACAGGCCUUCCGUGAUAUCUACGGUGCCAGACCCGGAGGUUGCUUCGCUAAGGAUCGAAGUCACUAUCUGCCGCCGGCGAAUGGCGUUGACCACUUGGUUUGUGCAGUGGACAAUGCUUUACACGCGCGUCAACGGCGGCUAUUGGCCCAUGCAUUCUCGGAGCGAGCCCUAAGAGACCAAGAAGACCUCAUUAAGGGCUAUGUGGACACCAUGAUUGCCAAGCUUCGUUCAGAGAUGACUACAAAGUCUCCUCGAAUUGACAUCAAAAAUUGGAUGAACUACACGACCUUUGACAUCACCGGCGAUUUGAUGUUUGGUGAGUCCUUCGACUGUCUUAAGGAUAGCCGGUUGCACCCUUGGAUUCAAUUGAUCUUUGACUCCAUCAAAGCCCUUGCUAUUGCAGGCGUCGCGAAUCAGUUUCCAGUCCUUGGAACCAUCUUCUACGCUUUGGUUCCGAAGGAAGUGAAAAGGAAGGCUGUUGAGCAUUUUGAUCUGGCAGCUCAGAAGGUCGAUCGGCGGCUGGAGACGAACAUGACCCGACCUGAUUUCAUUUCGGCAAUCUUGCAGAACGGUCUUAGCGAGACCAAGGGCCAAUAUCUUGAUGGAGGGCGGAUUAUGAGCAGAGCUGAGAUCCACUCGAACGCAUUCAUUCUCAUCGUGGCUGGCAGUGAAACUGCUGCAACUUUGCUCUCUGGCGCGAUCUUCUACCUGUGUAGCAACCCGCUUGUUAUGAGCCGGCUUGUCUCUGAAAUCCGAUCUGCAUUCACCCAGGACAACGAUAUUACCUUCCGCAACGCUGCUUCCUUGGCUUACCUCGCAGCCGUGAUUGAAGAGUCCCUUCGCAUGCACCCGCCCUUCGUCACAAGUCUCGCGCGCGUCUUCCCACCCGAUGGAUCGAUGGUUGAUGGACACUAUGUGCCUGGAGGGACCAUCGCCGCAUGUCAUCACUACGCCUCAUAUCACUCCUCGUCAAACUUUACCUUUCCCCACGCUUUCCUCCCUGAGCGAUGGCUCGGCCACGAUGCACGCUUCGAACAAGACAAGAAAGAUGUCCUACAGCCUUUUAGCCUCGGACCACGUAACUGCCUUGGAAAAAACUUGGCAUACUGCGAGAUCCGCCUCAUCAUCUGCAAACUGCUCUACCAUUUUGACCUCACCCUCUGUUCUGAAAGUACAAACUGGACUAACCAGAAGGUUUAUUUCCUUUGGGAUAAGCCGCCACUCAUGGUGACCCUGAAAGACCGCUUCCAAAAGACAGAGGUCUCGGGCUGA